CAUGGCAGUCAUUGCUAAUUAUUUGGACUCAUGCAUAGUUUGUGUGACAAACAUUUAUUCAGAAUGCAUUUCCUAUGCCAGUUACUUCAGGGCGUUGAGGUCAUCACUGUGAAUGAGAAUAGUCCCUUUUCCCAGGGACCUUAUUGUUUGAUGGGGAUACAGGCUUUCAACAUCCAAUUACACAGCUAAUUGAUUGAUUUUCUUUGUGAUUAAUGCAGUGAAAGUGUCCCAAGGAUGUGUAGCACAGGUCCUUAGUUGAGGGAAGUAAGGGGAGACGUCAAGGAAGGUUCGCUAUGGGUGGUUACAUGUAUGCUAGGGUCUUAAGAGUGCGUAAGAGUUUCCAGUGAAGAGUGCGAGGGGUCGGUCAGGCAGAGGGAAGGAGUGGUGUGUGUGAGCCCUAGUGUGUUACGGAGUUUGCCUCGUUUCAGGCACCAAAAGAUGACUGACUAGCGGGGUCGUGAACUUGGAGGCCUCGGCACAGAUGACGUGGGCCGUCUAGGCAAAGACUGGCCCUUGCAGAAUCUUGUGGGAUUUUGAGCUUUAUCCUACCGUCCAUAGUGUUGGUAGGCUGUUAUCCAAGAUCGAUUCUUCCUUUUUGAUCUUUGUAUUUUUCACAUUUAGAAUGCGGAUUGUGGAUGAUGAUGUGAGCUGGACAUCUAUCUCCUCCACGAAACCGGAAAAGGAGGAAGAGGAAGAUGAUGCAGAUUUGCCUGUGGUGGCCGAGUUUGUGGAUGAGCGGCCGGAAGAGGUGAAGCAGAUGGAAGCCUUUCGUUCCAGUGCCAAGUGGAAGCUUCUAGGAGGCCACAGCGAAGAUCUGCCUUCACACAGAGACUUCCGUCACGACUCCCCGGACCCAUCUCCCCCCAGGGGGGUCCGUCACGACACCCCGGACCCAUCUCCUCCCAGGAGGGCCCGUCACGACACCCCAGAUCCAUCUCCCCCAAGGAGGGACCGUCACGACACCCCAGAUUCAUCUCCCCCCAGGAGGGACCGUCAUGACACCCCAGAUCCAUCUCCCCCCAGGAGGUUCCGUCACGACACCCCGGACCCAUCUCCCUCAAGGAGGGCCCAUCCUGCUUCUCUGGAUCCUUCUCCCCUCAGGAAGCCUCAUCGUCACUCUGCAGGAGUGUCUCCUGGGAGAACCCAUCAGGACACACCAGACUCAUCUCUUCCGGGGAGGGCCUGUCACCAUUCCUCAGAGAGCUCUCUGCCCAGACGGGCUCGAGAUAGCUCACCGUCUCAGCCUGCGAGGACUCAUGAGCCCUUGGACACUUCCCAGCUCAGGAGGGUCCGUCGUGACUCCCCUCAUGCGCUGCCCAGACCCCAAAGCAGUAAAGCCCCCGAGAGGGCCUCUAGCAGAGCUGCUGCACAUUCGAAGGGGCCGGGACCAUCUCGCACAUCACUGCCAGAGAACAGCAAAGACGGGUAUGACUCGGACCUCUCUCCUCCGCGGAAAAAGCCAGCAAAAUCCCAUAAACAUGACCCUAAAGACUCUUCCCCCAACCAUCGGAAACUUCAUACAAACUCUUCACCUGAAAGAUGUCUCCCAGGUGACAGUCGGAAAGCCUCUGAUUCAGAUCUUUCUCCUCCGCGGCAGAAGCAGAGUUCAGGGCACAAAGGUUCUGAUUCAGAUCUGUCACCUCCACGGAAUAGACCUGCGUACCAGGCCUCUGAUUCUGACCUGUCUCCACCAAGGAGGAAACGGAGGGCCAAAUCUUCUGAUUCUGAUCUGUCUCCACCUCGAAGGAGUCAGCCUCCAGGAAAGAAGGCGGCGCGCAUGUACUCCGGGGCCAGAGCCGGCCUGGCGGCGACGGACAUACAGCGAGAGCAGCCGGAGCUCCGGCAGCGCGACCAGGAAACCGCGGCGUUUGAAGCCGAAUCCCAAUAUGCUGAAACCGUAUUUCGAGAUAAGUCUGGUCGCAAGAGGAAUUUGAAACUGGAACGUUUGGAGCAAAGGAGAAAAGCAGAGAGGGACUCCAAGAGAGAAGAGCUGUACGCUCAGUGGGGCAAAGGGCUUGCCCAGAGCCGGCAGCAGCAACAGAACGUGGAGGAUGCGGUGAAGGAGAUGCAGAAGCCUCUGGCGCGCUACAUCGAUGAUGAGGAUCUGGACCGGAUGCUGCGAGAGCAGGAGAGGGAGGGGGACCCCAUGGCCAGCUUCAUCAAGAAGAGCAAGGCCAAGGAGGACAAGAAUAAGAAAGCGCGGCCUCGCUACAGUGGUCCUGCACCUCCUCCCAACAGGUUCAAUAUCUGGCCUGGGUACCGCUGGGAUGGAGUGGACAGAUCCAAUGGAUUUGAACAGAAGCGCUUUGCCAGGCUUGCCAGCAAGAAGGCGGUGGAGGAACUUGCCUACAAGUGGAGUGUUGAGGACAUGUAACUUCUGAGGCUGUGGGGCGUCUGUGGGGUGUGGUGGUGGACACAGGGCAGCCGGACGUGCCGCUGUGACAGCUGUCUGUGCUAGGAGUCAGGGUCCACACAGACCAGCACCCCGAAUGCCAGCUCUGACGACAGAAGACUAUUUUGAGACCUGAUGUUUGGACGGAGGCACCUGUGCGCGCUGCUCAGGUGCGCCGACGCUGGUGACUGCGGGCCUUCGGAGGAGGCGUUGCUUUUUCAGUGGCCCAGGGUCUGUUCUUGGCUAGGGCUUUUGUUUUUUAAUAAACAUGCAUUUAUUUUUUCA